AUGGCGAACGCAAAUUUCUCAGAGCCAUGGGCGGGCUACCUUGUACAAGCUCAGUCGCAGCUCGCAUCGACCUCGAUACCCCGCCUGCUGCUUUUACUCGUCGUCAAUAUACCCGUCAUUGCGGUCGUGCUGAAUGUACUCUCCCAAAUGCUUCCUCGUGACCGGUCUUUACCUCCACUCGUCUUCCACUGGAUACCGUGGUUUGGCUCUGCGGCGCAAUACGGCCAGGAUCCAGUAGAGUUCUUCAAGUCGUGUCGUGAGAAGCACGGAAACGUAUUCACCUUCAUUCUCCUCGGACGACGCGUGACGGUCACACUGGGCCCGAAGGGGAACGACUUUGUAUUCGGUGGCAAGCACACAGUGGUCGCGGCGGAAGAGGUGUAUGGACCUCUAACAACGCCAGUAUUUGGAAAAGAUGUCGUAUACGACUGCCCGAACGAGGUUCUCAUGGAGCAGAAGAAGUUCGUCAAGGUCUCUCUGACGACCGACAAGUUCCGCGACUACAUUGGCAUGGUGGACGACGAGGUUACGCAGUUCUUGAGCACGGACCCGGCAUUCCGCACCUACCAGAUGGACGACAUUAACGAAUGGGGAUCUUUCAGCGUGUACAAGACGCUCGCCGAGAUGACAAUCCUCACUGCAGCACGGACGCUCCAGGGCAAGGAGAUUCGGGAGAACAUGACGAAGGGCUUUGCUGAACUUUACGCCGACCUUGACCACGGAUUGACGCCCCUUCACUGGAUGUUCUCGAAUUUGCCUCUGCCGAGCUACCGCAAGCGUGAUGUCGCCCACGAGAAGAUGAGCCAGUUCUACCAGAACAUCCUGCGCAACCGGAGGAACAACAACGUCGGCUACGAGGAUGAUGUCAUGGCGUCGCUGAUGAACCAGACUUACCGCGACGGCCGCCCGAUCCCCGACCACGAAAUUGCCCACAUGAUGAUUGCGCUUCUCAUGGCCGGCCAGCACACCAGCUCCUCGACGACUUCCUGGGUCCUGCUGCACCUUGCCGACCGUCCGGACAUUGCCGAACAACUAUACCAGGAGCAGGUCAAGCACUUCGGUCUCCCGGGUGGUGGCUUCCGCGAGAUGACGUACGACGAGCUGAAGAAGCUCCCGAUCCUGGACGCCGUUAUCCGUGAGACGCUCCGCUGCCAUGCACCGAUCCACAGUAUCAUGCGGUACAUCCGCGACGACCUGCCUGUGCCUCAAUCGCUCGGCGCGCCGUCAGAGGACAGCGUGUACGUCGUGCCGAAGGGCUAUACGGUGCUCGCGUCGCCCGCGCUCAGCCAGAUGGACCCGCUGAUCUGGAAGGACGCGAACACAUGGGACACCACACGGUGGCUCGACGCGGCGGGCAUGGCGGCGCAGGCGAAGAGGGAGUACGACGAGGACACGAAGGUCGACUUCGGUUUCGGGCUGGUGAGCAAGGGCACGGAGAGCCCGUACCUGCCGUUCGGUGCUGGCCGCCACCGGUGCAUUGGCGAACAGUUUGCGAUUGUCCAGAUUGGCACGAUCAUCUCUACGAUAGUCCGCAAGAUCGAGAUGCGCUUGGAGGGCCCGUUCCCCAAGCCUGACUAUUCGUCGAUGAUGGUGGUGCCGCAGCAACCGUGCCAGAUUGCGUACCGCCGGCGAAAAUUCGAUUGA